AUGACAUUUGCUGAUGUAGCUUGUUUCUUCGUCUUCGGCAUUUUGGCUGCAUAUGGUGGCUUCAUUCUAUGGAGGCUCUUCUUGAAACUGGACUCGGAAAGGUAUCCCGUCAAGUCUUUCGGAGAACUAGGGCAACGCAUCUAUGGCCGUUGGUUCGGGAAUCUCUGUAACAUUUUGCAAAGUUUGCAGCUCGUGUUCAAUGUUGGGAUCAUUAUUCUUCAAAAUGGCCAAGGUCUUUCGCAGAUGGCAAAGUUUAGGCUAUGCUUCAGCGGCUGCAACGUCGUCUGGACCCUAGCUGGAAUGUUUCUUGGUCAAAUUCGGACUCUUCAGAAGUUUGGCUCGAUCGCCAAUAUCGCUAUCUGGCUGAAUAUCACUGUCUUGAUUAUGACGAUGGCCUUUGCGGCUAACUCACCACCUAACUAUACUGCAGUCGCCUACUCUGGCCCUGUGAUCACUCAGGCUAUCAACGUACAGGCUUUCGAGAACCAGCUCAAUGGUAUCAUGCAGAUUGUGUUCUCAUACGGUGGAGCCAUGAUUUUUGUGGAGUUUAUGGCUGAAAUGCGGCGCCCAAUGGAUUUCUGGAAGGCUAUGGCGUAUUCCCAGAUCUUCAUCUUCAUCGUAUACAUGUUCUUCGGUCUCUUCGUUUAUUCAUACCAAGGCCAAUAUGUUGUUAACCCGGCUAAUCAGGGAAUUUCGACUUAUGGCCUACAGACUGCGGGGAACGCCAUUUCUUUGACCGCUGGUAUCAUUGCCGCCGCAUUAUAUGGCAAUAUUGGUGUCAAAAUCAUCUAUAACAACAUCUUCGUGGCGAUCUUUGAUUUCCCAGUGUUGACUGCGACUCGGGGUAAAUACUACUUUGCCAUCUUUGUCAUAGUGUAUUGGGCCAUUGCCUUCGUUAUUGCAUCCGCCAUCCCGCAAUUCAGCGCCCUCUCGUCGCUGAUUGCUGCCGUUUGCAUCUUCCAGUUUACAUAUACCUUCCCGCCAUUUAUGAUCAUGGGUUACUUCUUGCAAGUAGAUGCCGCAAAAGACGACGGGGAAUUUGACAUCAAUAACCCCUACGCCCACCGUAUUGACUCAUGGACAGAUAUCUCGCGUUGGAAACGUGCAGUCUUCUAUAACAUUUGGCACUUCCUCUUCGCCGCGUGGAACUUCCUUCUCACACUCGCAUGCUUGGCUUGUGCUAUUCUGAGCGCGUACUCGGCCGUCAACACGAUCGUGACCGCGUUUCAAAGCUCGAGUUCUGCGGCGUUUAGCUGCCACUCGCCAUUGGACGUCAGCAGUUGAGGCACCAAAUGGUAAUACAUCUUUGAACGUGCGUUUUUGUUUAAUUGAAUGCCGUGGGAUGUAAUGAACUUUGGUAUGAUAUAGUACUUCGACUCUCUUACGCUUAACCUUAUGUUACCUAAUGUACCACUGGGAAGAAUACAACACCUGUUAUCUCGCAGCGCGCAACAGGUGCACAAGGUUCCGUACCACCUCAGUGGGUGCUCGACGUUAUCGUUCAGGAUUCGCCAAACGUACGUGUCUGGUCUACGGCACGUCAAGACUCAAGAUGUAUAACAAAUUAAGUACAGAACAAAUGGACUCCCACUAUAUAGUUUAAUCGGACAUCGACGCAAAACAAGAUAUGAUCGGAAUACGCAACCCAACAUCUACAUCCCAUGGGCCUCGAGACGACUCCGGAAAAUCUUCUGGAACUGCGGGACAUGCUCCAAGUCCAUCAGCGUGUGA